GGCAGAAAGCCGGUAAGUUACACUUGGAAACUAACAAACACAUAAUAACACAGAGAACGGACAGACAGCAGAAGACAGAAGGAGUCACGAGAGGAACCCUCGAUCUGUUCUGCAGGAUUUCAGCUGAACCCGAGACCAGCUGACUGAGCUCCUAAGCUCUAGAUGCCGACCGACAGCGACAGAGACAUGGCCAUACCUCGGAUGUUUAACUCCAGCACACCGUUCAUCAUCGUGGCCGGCGGAUCUGAGCUCUCGAUUCUCACCAAAGUGGACGACAACCAGGGAUGCGAGGAGGAGAAGGACUCGCUCGUCCAAGCCAUUGGCCCCCAUCUGAGUCGAGUGAUGCAACGCGGCACAGCCAAGCAUGUUGUCACGCAGGGGCGUGAAGUUUCCGAGGAGAAUCCGUGUGUUUCUAUAGUCGCGCAGGCUGAGCAAGAAGACUUCCAGGAGUUCAGCCCGACUAACACUCAGUGCCCCUACUCUCAGUCUCGCCACCUCCAAAAGCACAGGACUCUCAGUAAGGAAGCCGCCUUUGUGAUGGACUCAGAUGACGAGAACUUUGAAACAGCCGCCAAAUUCCCGCGCUACCAUCUCCAGAGAAAACAGCGCUGGAAAACCAGAACCACACAGAGCCUCGAGGAAGGGGAGGAGCCUCCUAUCAUCCAGGGUCUGUGGGUGCAGGAGAUUGAUUGGCUGAAAUCAGCAGACAGAGAGACGACUUCAUCAGCUGAAAUCAUACCUCCUCCUCCUCAGUUUACUGACUCGGCCUCAGACCCCUGCAGAGACUCGUGCAUGUGUGACAGCUGCAGCUGUCCAGACGUUUGUGACUGCGUGAGGAGAUCAGAGGAGGCGUCGCCGUCAGAGGACCAAUGCAGAUCCGUAGAUACAGAAGACACAUCCAGCACCGACCACAGAGGAGGCUCGGGCUCUGACACUGACUCUGUUCGCACUCAUGAAAGUGACUCAGACUCGUCUUACGACGUCGACAUUGGCACACAAGGCAUCAUGUCGACCUUUGACCUCAUGUAUGUGUCUGGAUUUACCCCUUCCUCCCAUGCAGGAUGGAAUUCUGACUCUACAGGAAGUGUGCAAAACCCAGUGGGAAAUUCAGAGUAUGCCCACAGCCUCAGCACUGAGAAUACAUCCCAGUGCUCCUUUGGGUUUGAUGACAUGAGUGACACAGUACUUUUCACCACAUGA